AGCUCUUGGUCACUUCCCUCCACAGCAUGUCCCAGGAUUUGUCAGAGGCCCUGAAAGAGGCCACCAAGGAGGUGCACGCCCAGGCCGAGAAUGUGGAGUUUAUGAAGAACUUUCAGAAGGGCCAGGUGACCCAAGAAGGCUUUAAGCUGGUGAUGGCCUCUCUGUACCACAUCUACGUGGCCCUGGAGGAGGAAAUAGAGCGCAACAGGGAGAACCCCGUCUACUCGCCCCUCUACUUCCCGGAGGAACUGCACCGCACAGCCGCCCUGGAGCAGGACAUGGCCUUCUGGUAUGGGCCUUCCUGGCAGCAGGCCAUCCCCUACACAGCAGCCACGCGGCGGUACGUGCGACGGCUGCACACGGUGGGGCACACGGAGCCCGAGCUGCUGGUGGCCCACGCCUACACCCGCUACCUGGGCGACCUGUCGGGGGGCCAAGUCCUCAAGAAGAUCGCCCAGAAAGCCCUGGACCUGCCCAGCUCCGGCGAGGGCCUGGCCUUCUUCACCUUCCCCAACAUCGCCAAUGCCACCAAGUUCAAGCAGCUCUACCGCGCCCGCAUGAACUCGCUGGACAUGACCCCCGAGGUCAAGCACAGGGUCGUCGAGGAGGCCAAGACCGCCUUCCUGCUCAACAUUCAGCUGUUUGAGGAGCUGCAGCAGCUGCUGACCCUGGACACCGCCGACCAGCGCCCCUCCACCCCACCAGGGCUUCAGAGGCUGGCAGGCCACAGGGUGCCAGAGACCACCCCCACCGAGGUUCCCAGAGGCAAGGCUGCGCUGAGCCUCCUCCCCCAGUCUCCAGUCUUCCGCUGGGUCCUGACGCUCAGCUUCCUGGUGGCAACGGUGGCCGUGGGGCUGUACGCCAUCUAAAGGCAAGCACGCCGACUCCUGGGCCAUGAACUCUGUCCAGCCAAGGGAAAACCCUGCUGGCUUCUCUACCUUGGGCAUGUCCCUGCCCUCCCCUGUGGCCCCCUUCUCUGCGAAAGAGGAAGGCACCCGGGCAUAUGUCUCAUCCCAAAGCACCUCCAGCCCGGAGCCAGCAGCCUCUUGAGUGGUCGGGGAGCCCCUCCACCCCCUGUUCCUGCAGCAGAGCCGAUGGAGCCGCCCUGCCCCUCCAAGCCCAGGGCACGGGCUUCCCCGCUGACAAGGCCAUGACCACUGCCCUGUGUGCCAUGGUGAUUUUUUUACAUAAACUUGCCAAGAGAUGUUGUGUCUUGUGUUUGUUUCUCUGUCUUGUUUUUGUCGGACCACUGUAUCUGGUUCCGCCCCCACUCCAGUAUUAUAUUGUGUUGUGUUGUUUUACAGCCCGGGAGCCAGGGUCUGGGAGGCGGGUGGUCAGACGGGAGGACAUCACCAGCAUUGGUGUCUAACUUGUACGUGUGACAAUAAAGGACAUUGACUUAA